UUGACGCACGUGACCGAUACCGGAAGUGGCCAGAUCGGUCGCGACGACGAAGCGUAAAAGACGUCUUGUGGGAAUACGGUGCUCACAAAUCUCCAACGAAGUGGUCCACAGUCGGCGAGAUGGAGAAAGCUGUCAUAUUUGUUAUCUUGUCGCUUACCGUCCUGACGUCUCAAAUAAACUGCCAAGAGGGCAUCCUGCAUAUUUCAGAUGGAAGCAAAGAACAGGAAUUCUGCAUCGUUUACAAUCAGUCCUGGACCCGCCUGUCAAAAAGCCUCGAUACUGCUGUGCAGUAUCCACUGGUGAACAUGAUGUCCACGCUACUGUGUGACCCCUCAGGAGUCAGUCCGGAGGUGGUGAAAGGCAAAGUGUUGGUGGUGAUGAGGGGUGACUGUACUUUCAGUCAAAAGGCUCUGGUUGCUCAGGCCCUCGGUGCUACAACGUUGCUCAUUGCUAGCAACAAAACUCUGGUCCCUCCAUCAGCCAAUGACUCGGAGUACUCAAAGGUCCAAAUUCCUCUGGCCCUCAUGAGGUAUAUGGACUUUGUGGAAGCACAACAGGUUUUCGGUGAUGAGAUGCAGGUGAGGCUUUAUGCGCCACCCUCCUCCAAGAUCGACGCCAGCAUCGGCGUCAUGCUGCUGAUCUCCAUCUCCACCGUUGCCUUGGGUGGUUAUUGGAGUGGAGCCUGUGAGAGACGAGAGCGUUUGAAUUUGGCUCUAGGAGGAGCAAGUGGAGACAACAAAGCAGAUAGCGAAGACCUUCCCGUGUACUCUCCUAUCAAAGUGGUUCUCUUAGUUGCCUUCAUGUGCGGCGUCCUCAUCCUCUUGUAUUACUUCUACAACAUUCUAAUUUACGUCGUCAUUGCCAUAUUUUGCGUUGCGUCUGCCAGUGCGCUGUUCAAUUGCAUUAAUGCAGUGCUGGAUUUAUUGGGCUGCGCCUCUGGGAGCUUCACCGUUCACAACACCAACUUCUCAGUGAGGUCCCUCAUUCUGGCUUCUGUGUGCAUAAGCAUCUCUGUGGUCUGGGGUGUCUACAGGAAUGAAAGCAGGUGGAUAUGGAUCUUGCAGGAUCUACUUGGCGUUGCUUUCUGCAUCAACUUCAUAAGGACCAUCUCGCUGUCCAGUUUCAAGAUCUGCGUGAUUCUCCUGACCCUUCUGCUUGUUUAUGACGUCUUCUUUGUUUUCAUCACUCCUUUCUUCACCAAGAAUGGGGUUAGCAUUAUGGUGCAGGUGGCUUUGGGCCCGGAUGCAUCAGGAGAAACGACACCAGGUAACAUGGUGGUGGUGCCGGCCAUGCCCCAGACUCCCACUGAGACACUUCCUGUCGUGAUGCGUGUCCCACGUUUUUCAUCCUGGACUCAGAACUUGUGUGGGAUGCAGUUCUCCAUUCUGGGUUAUGGAGAUAUCAUUGUUCCAGGUCUGUUAGUGGGUUACUGCAGCAGAUUUGACGUCUGGAUCAACAACACGAAGAAAAUCUACUUCCUUAGCUGUUGCAUAGCCUAUCUGAUGGGAAUUAUUACAACCUUCGUUGUAAUGCUGCUGUCAGGGAUGGGCCAGCCAGCUCUGCUCUACCUUGUGCCCUUCACCCUGAUCACCUCUGCAACAGUGGCGGGCUGCAAGGGCCAAAUCAAGCAGUUUUGGACCGGAACCACCUAUGAGGUUUUGGAAUCCUCACAGGAACCUUUCUUGCCAGAGGCAAGACCUGACCACCCUGUAGAAGCAGAGCCAUGCUGACCUCCCAAGCCAACUGCUAAAAUUUAUGUUCAUUUUUAUAUUUUACUAUGACAUUGACAAAGCAAGGGACAAUGAUGAAACAAUAAUUUUAGAUCAAUAUGGGUUAAUUUUGACUGUUCUGCUGAGCAGAGUGUUUGUAGCUUCUUUUGAAAAGGCUUUUCAGUGCCUCUCAUGGUUCUGGGGGGGGGGGGUCAACAUAUCUUUGCCUACACAUUCUGCCUUGGCGAUGACUGAACACAUGAUAGAAAGCACUUUACUAUAUUUAGUGUGUUUCAUCAAGGGUGGGCUAGGGGAGGCUAAGUAAAAUACUAGCAGCCCACACAAUGAUACAUUUUUGAUAACUUUGGAUUUCUGUCUUGGCUGUUUUUAUUAUGUGAUUUGUGCAUUGCCUUAUAUUAAAUUAACACAUGUAAAG